AUUGCUCGUUAGGAAUACAACCUGCGGUCCCGAACUCCUUCAACAACCCCGAACAACGACGUCGACUACGACUACUGCAUUGCACACUCGGUCACAUCUCGCACGCACCGACCCCACGGCAAUCGCGCCAAAACUGUACAAACGCGUGGACACGACACGGAGCCUACACCCUCUCCGGCACCUCGGACCCACCCCAUCGCGCUCCCCAUGAGCCCUGCGCAGUCAUCGCCAACGGCCCCGCGGCCGACCAAGCGCAAAAAGCCAUUGUCAUGUGGCGAGUGCCGGCGGCUCAAGCUCAAGUGUGAGCUCAAGUUUCCUUGCGGGCACUGCGUCAAGCGCGGUCUUGGCAGUAUCUGCCCCGAUGGCAAGCUGGUGAACGGAUCACGGCGGACAAAAAUCUUGGCUAGCACGCAGGAUCUACAUGACCGUAUCGCGGCGCUAGAGGAAGCGCUCAAAAAGGCGUCAAGCGCCUCCCAUCCGCUGCUGGAGGAUGCGCUCUACGCCAACAGGGAGGAGGUCGAGAAGACGAACGGCGCAAACGGCAACGGCGACAACGAGCACACGCCGGGAAGCAGCUCGUCUGGACGCAAGCAUUCCCGCUCGCCAUCCCCAGUGUCCCGUGGAGGCCCGCUCACCUCCACGGCGCUCUUCCCUCCACCCCCCGCAAGCGCGUAUGGCACGCGUGUCAACCCCAACCCACUCGACUUUACCGACCUCGGGCCUCCGUGCUGCAAGCGUGUUCCGGCCGACGCCUCGUACAUAGCGCGCAACUUUCUUCCGACACGCGAGAUCGGUCACUCGCUGGCCGAGACGUACUUUUCGACUUUUGGAUGGUACACGCAAAUCGUCCUCCGGUCACGCUGGGACACGGACCUAGUCCCGCACGUCUACUCGGACAUGACGACGCUGAUCAAGCCGCAAAAGCUCGCGCUGGUGCUGCUGGUGUACGCCCUCGGCGCCCUCAUGGAGCCCUCCAAGGCGCCGCACUCGGACAUGGCCAAGGAGCUGUUCUCGGGUGCCCGAGGCGCGCUCUCAGUGGACACGACUCACAGCGUGACCUACGUCCAGUGCAUCUACCUGUACUUUACCUACCUCUUGAACGACAAGGAGGACGCGGCGGCCAACAGCGAGGACUGUUGGCCUUUGCUGCGAAUGGGUUUGGCCAUUGCAGAGGCGAUCGGGCUCCACCGCGACGCAGGCAACUGGAACCUCGACGACGAGCGAGCGCUCGAGCGACGUGUCGUGUUCUGGGAGAUGCUCACCUGCGACAUGCAGCAAAGCAUCAGCCUCAGCCGGGCCGUCGGCAUUCCCGAGUCUGCAAUCGACUGCAAACUCCCCGAUACGCCAGAAAUCCAGUUCAACAGGAAAUGCUUUGAGCUCAACAAGAUCAUUCGGCGGAUCAACGUGAGCUUGACAGACGCAUUACCAGCGACGUACUCGCAGGUGUCGUCGAUCGACGCUGCACUCGACGCGUUCCAGAGAACAUUGCCGGCACAGUUCUUGCCGACCGGCGCGCCGUCCCUCCUUGACAUGUCGGACCCAUUGCGGCAGAGGGCGGCGUUCCAGCGAUACCAGCUGCUGUUGCUCAUCAACGAGGCGAAGCUCGCCCUCCACAGGGUAUGGUUCAUGUCCAUCCUCGAGGAGGUGUCGACCGACCCGCUCACCACGCCGCUGAGCAACUCGUACCUUGCGUGUCUCGAGGCGUGUCGCGAGAUUGUCUCGCUCGUGCGCAACAUCUUGUCGCUCAAGGGCGAGGUUGUCCAGCGCCAGUGGUCGUACUACUCGCACCUGUUCUCAGCGUGCGUGUGUCUCGCGGCGUCGGCGAUCCGUGCGCCAUCGUCCUCGCUCGCAAAGGCCGUCCUCUCCGAGCUCGAGGCCGGCAUCUUGCUGUUCCAGAUGUCGAACCGCUCCGAGGUGGCCACGCUCCAACGGCUGCGCGACAAGGCGGCGCAGGCGAUCGCCGGUUCGGCCAAGGCUGUCGCCACCGAGGAGCUCGACCUGCUCGGCGCGCGCACGUUUAUGCAGUCGGCGUCGAGCCGCCAGCCGUCGUCGCAGAUCCAGCCGCCGCUCCCACUCGCAUGGGGCAUCCUGUCGAGUACGGACGGCACAAUCCCAGCCACGGCCGACACGUUCAACCCGCUGCCAGUCAACACGGAGGGCGUGGUCGAGUGGCCCAACUUUGAGAUGGAGCAGUUCCUCAACGACUUUGGACCGACGGCGUGGGAGUAGUGUACUAGUAGAA